AUGGGAAACAGCUCGCAGGUGACAGAGUUCAUACUCACUGGAUUGACUGAUGAUCCACAGUUGCAACUCAUCCUCUUUGUGAUAUUUUUUACUCUUUAUGCUAUUACCCUGUUAGGGAAUGUGAGCAUGAUUGUCUUAUUCAGGAUCAGUCCUAAACUUCACACACCAAUGUACUUUUUCCUCAGUCAUAUAUCAUUUGUGGAUAUCUGCACUGCAUCAAUUAUCACCCCAAAGUUCCUAAGUCAUCUUGUAAAAGAGAAAAAGGUUAUUUCUUUUGCAGGCUGUUUUAUUCAAACUUAUUUUUAUGGUGUAUUUUCCACUGCAGAGUGUUACAUCCUAGCGAUCAUGGCGUAUGAUCGCUAUGUAGCCAUCUGUCACCCUCUACUCUACUUGGUCAUCAUGUCCCAAUUAAAAUGUGUCCGACUAGUAGUCGUUUCCUACGUUACUGGGGUUUUACAUGGUUUAUUACAUAUCAUUCCUGCAACUCAGUUGUUCUUCUGUGGACCAAACAUCAUUAAGAAUUUUGUCUGUGAUGGUGUUUCACUAUUACAGCUUGCCUGUUCAGAUAUCAGUUUCAAUAAUCUGUUGAAAUUUAUAUUUAUUGGCUUCACUUUAAUAGCAACAAUGGUCAUUGUUCUCACAUCCUACAUUUAUAUCCUGAUUGCUAUUUUUAAGAUGGACUCUGCCAAAUCUCAGAAGAAAGCCUUCUCCACGUGUACAUCUCAUCUCAUGGUCAUCACUAUUUUCUACGGAUGUGCUGGCUUUGUGUAUGCACAAUCACAACCUACCAAGUCUAUCUACAUCAAUCAAAUAGCUUCUGUGUUGUAUCUUGUAGUGACUCCGAUGAUCAACCCCUUCAUCUACAGCCUGAGGAAUCAGGAGGUAAAGGUUGCCUUCAGAAAAAUUCUGGGGGGAAAAAACUGUGUUAUCUUUUAUACCAAAAACUGA